GUGUGUGUAUAUAUAUGCGUGUCCUGGUCUCCAUACUAAGCAUUCAAAGACCAUAACCAAGCCAUUCUCUUAUGUUGUGAUCAUUCAUCACCCCUCUGUUCUUUUUUCACUUCUUUGUUGCAUUUCUUUCAUUUAGUUUCCUUCUCUCUCACUGAAAGCUUGUUCUAAGGGCAAUCUCAUCUGUUAGUGAUCAGAAGAGAGAGAGAGAAAUGGGAGUUUCAGGCACUUUGGAGUACUUCUCUGAAUUGCUGAGCAGUGUCAAGAAGGUCAAGAAAAUGAAACAGUUAAACACUGUGGCUCUCAAAGUCAGGAUGGACUGUGAGGGUUGUAAACGUAAAGUCAAAAACACACUCUCUUCUCUCAAAGGAGUGAAAUCAGUGGAUGUGGAUUUGAAGGAGCAGAAGGUGACAGUGAGUGGAUAUGUGGAUGCAAAGAAAGUGCUGAAGAAGGCUCAAUCUACUGGUAACAAAUCUGAGCCAUGGCCAUAUGUUCCAUACAACCUGAUAGCUCACCCAUACGCUGCUCAAGUUUAUGACAAGAAGGCACCUCGUGGUUUUGUUAGGGGCACUGAAGACACUGCCAUUGCUACUCUCAGCACGGUUGAACAACACUACACCACCAUGUUCAGUGAUGAUAAUCCUAAUGCUUGCUCUAUCAUGUAGAAGUACUGUAAAGCUAUAGUUACUUAGUUAUUUAUGUGUACACUAAUUAGUGGGAAAUACAAAAUAUAUGGUAAAGAGUCUGAUCAGGGUUUUGUGGGUUUUGAUCACAAUUUUUGUUGAUCUUCCUCUAUUAUGUUUAGUGGUGUAAUUAAUGAAUAUAUACAGUGGGUUUAUGAUGAAACACAUAGUAUUGCCUGUUUUUA